AAUGGCGACCGCAGUGUUGGUUUGCCGUCCUGCGAGUGUCCUUCCUAAAAUUUCGGGUGUUUGCUCCCCUGCAGCUCUCUCAGCCAUCCCUGCAACUAGCCAGCAGAGGAAACUGCACCAAGCUGUCAUCCCCAAAGGGAAAGGGGGUCGCUCCUCAUCCAGCGGAAUAGCUGCCACUGUUUUUGGAGCUACAGGUUUCCUUGGUCGAUAUGUGGUCAACAGACUGGGUCGUAUUGGUUCUCAGGUUGUAAUCCCUCAUCGGUGUGAUCAGUAUGAUGUCAUGUACUUGAGACCCAUGGGGGAUCUUGGACAGCUCAUUUUCAUGGACUGGGAUGCGAAAAACAAAGAUUCCAUCAAACGGGCUUUGGAACAUUCUAAUGUUGUCAUCAACCUGGUCGGCAGAGAGUGGGAGACAAGGAACUAUGGCUUUGAGGAUGUUUUCGUCACCAUUCCUCAGCAGAUUGCCAAGGCAGCCAGAGAGGCUGGCGUCGCAAAGCUCAUCCAUAUGUCUCACCUCAAUGCAGAUAUCCGCAGCCCCUCUAAAUACCUGAGGAAUAAGGCUGUAGGGGAAACAGCAGUGAGAGAUGAGUUCCCUGAUGCCAUCAUCAUGAAACCCUCUGAGAUGUUUGGCAGGGAAGACAGAUUCUUCAACCAUUACGCAAACAUACGUUGGUUUGGCUCAGCCGUGCCACUUAUCUCCAUGGGGAAGAAGACGGUGAAGCAGCCUAUUCAUGUGGUAGAUGUGGCCAAAGCAAUCAUCAGCGCCAUCCAAGACCCUGAUUCUGAUGGGAAGACAUAUGCUCUAGUUGGUCCCCACCGUUACCUUCUUCGUGAUCUGGUGGAGUACAUCUAUGCCAUGGCACACAGACCUUUUGUGCCCUACCCCAUGCCUCGUCCUCUUUAUCACUUGAUAGCUCGUUUUUUUGCAAUGAACCCAUUUGAGCCCUGGACAACCCCUGACAAAGUAGAUAGGUUUCACACAACUGACAUGAAGUACCCAGGACUUCCUGGUCUUGAGGAUCUUGGGAUUGUUCCCUCUACCGUAGAACAGAGGGCUAUUGAAAUUCUGCGUCGCCAUCGUCGUUCCCGUUACUUGGAAGCUGACCUGGACGAAACUAAGCCAGCCAAGACUGUCAACUAUUGAGUUCGUUCCCAAAAA